GAAAAACAUAAAGAAGAAUCCGCUCACAGACAAAAUGGCUGUAGGACAAAGCUAGACGCUCGGCUAAUGUAAACAUCCACCAACAGUGGACUGGAGCAGGAGCGAGGAUAACGUUACUCGAUGCCCUUUUGACCUUGCGAAUGAGAGUUCCUCCUAACUUUGGCUGAAUGAUGACGAGCCAGCGGCGUGGGAUCCAUCUGGACCAAUCAGAGCUGCUCUGCACGAAAGGAUGCGGUUUUUAUGGCAACACCGGUUGGCAGGGCCUGUGCUCCAAGUGCUGGCGAGAGGAAAACCAGAAAGAAAAGCAAAAACAGAUUCAAGAGGAUUGGGCGCUUGCUGAGAGGCUGCAGAAAGAGGAAGAGGAGGCCUAUGCAAGCAGACAUCAGCAGGCCCAAUUGCAGCCCACCAUCACACCCUUCAGCAAGUUUGAGGAAAGAAAAACAAAGGAAAAGUCCAGCAAAGUCAACACGGUCACAAAGUUUUUUAUUCCUUCCAGCAAAACAGCAUCAAAAAAAGAUGCUCCUUUGGAGGCUCAGUCCAGACCGAGCCCCAGCUCCUCCGCAAACCGACAUUCCUCUGUGGACAAUGACCAUGCAACGCGGGAGUUCAUUGAUUUUCUCAAGCCUCUGAAGUCCGGGAGGGAGAUCUUCAAACAGUGCCGGGCCUUCACUGAGAGCAUGGCGUAUAAGCGGGACAUGGCUGCUGAUGAGCUGUCAGAGUGUGUGCAGGACUUCUACCAGAACCUCUCCGAUCGCCUCCACACCCAGUUCAAAGGUUCGUCAGAACAUGUCGAGAGCGUUAUGGAUCAAGUAGAAAAGUACAUGAUGACUCGUCUCUACAAGGAGGUUUUCUGCCCUGAGACCACAGAUGAUGAGAAGAAAGACCUGGCCAUUCAGAAGAGAAUCAGAGCCUUGCAUUGGGUCACCAUCGAGAUGUUGUGUGUUCCUGUAGAUGAGGAGAUCGCUGAGGUGUCAGACAGUGUAGUCAAAGCCAUCACAGAUGUGAUUGAAAUGGAUUCAAAGUGCGUGCCCAAGGAGAAGCUGGCGUGCAUCACUCGUUGCAGCAAGCACAUCUUCAACGCCAUCAAAAUCACCAAAAAGGAGGCGGCGUCCGCGGACGACUUCCUGCCAACGCUCAUCUACAUUGUACUAAAAGCGAACCCCCCGCGACUUCAGUCCAACAUCCAGUACAUCACCCGCUUCAGCAACCCCAGCAGACUCAUGACUGGAGAGGACGGCUACUACUUCACUAAUCUGUGCUGUGCCGUGGCCUUCAUCGAGAAGCUGGACGGCCAGUCUCUGAACCUGAGCUCUGAGGAGUUUGAGCUCCAUAUGACGGGCCAGGCGUCCCCCCAACGGCCACAGGCCACCGGAGCAUCCUCCGGCAGCAGCGCUCUCAGCCAGGGCCACCAACGCGUGGACCCGCUGGCGGGGCUCGGGGAAAGGCAGGAGCAGGUCAUGGAGAAGGCCCGCCAGCUGGAGAGCGACCUCAUAGACUGGACGGACGAGGUGGAGCAGAAGGUGCAGAGCGUUCUGGAAAGCUUUCCGCCAGAGGCGCAAAACCCCGCCGCGACCGCAGCGGCGUCUGCCAUCGACUCUGAUAACGUUGAGAAUGAGCAGCUCCCACCUCCUCUGCAACCGCAAGUGUUCGCUGGCUGACUGUCCCUGCAAAAUCCGGUUUAGGCUUUACUCCGCCCUUCCUCUUUUCCCUGCUGUUAAACUUUGCUCUCCGAAUGCCCACGCAGAAGCCGUCCGAUAGGGAUCACGUUUCCACUCGCUCUUUUAGACCACUUCUUCUUGCAGAAGUAAGUGCAACGAUCAAUAAACACUCCUAUCUGUACGGUAAAUAUGAAGCAAAAGAGCAGACUAACCACUCCGAGUUCUUCUCAAACACUUCUUUGGUCUCCCACAAUGGCAUCAUCAGUACCUUUCAGUACUUCUUUACCCUUGUUAUUGUAGCACCGCUUACGCAGACGUGGUAACUGGUUGGAUGUGCUGUACAAACCUACUCCUGUAUUAUUCAGACAAGGAAAAAGUUUUUGCUUUUAUAGAUGGCAAAGUGGGUGCUCAAAAUUAACUAUAACGUUACUGCCCAAGAAACAUCUAGUGACUCUACAGGAAAUAUGUUUUUCUUAAAGGAAAUGGCAAAAUCAGAUGAAUGCAAAACCUCCUCUUGCUAAAUUAACCCUCUAUUUCAUGCUGGUGAUUUGUGCUGUGUUUGUGUUCACUGUGCAUUUCCCCAUUCAGCAGAGAACUAUCCGGAGGGGAGGGGAAGGGGGUGGCGUGCGUGGUUGUGCAUGUGGGAGAGUGUGUGUGUAUGUGUGUGUGUGUGUGAGAAUGUGUGUUGCAUGGACAUGCUCUGUUAAUGUCGGUAAAUCGUUCAAUCCGCCCACUGAUGUCACUGGAUCAUGUGUUCUUGUUUCCUCUCACUCCAGCCACAGUCUGGAUGUACAGAAGUGAUUUUAUUUUUCUAUAGAGUUAUUGAUUGUUUGGGAUGCAAUAGGAGACAUUAAUCCUGUAAUAUUUACAGUUGUAGUACUAAUGAAGAAAAAAUAUUGCUUGAAGACAUGUUACAUGAAUUCUGUAGACCAAAUAGUAAGAUUGUCAUCUCUUUGUUUAUAUUGUAAGGGUAUCGUGAGCAUGUGCCAUCACAAGAAAGACGUUUUUAGGUGAUUCGUUUGGGGUUUUGCUCCGUCAGAGCAUUUGAUUUAAGUAGCUAAGAAGUCAAAGAGGAUGCUGCUUCCCAUAAACGCAAGGUAAAUAAAUAAAUCACCUCUAAGGCUGACAUGACAUCACCAAUUUCAUAUAAUUUUAAAGCACUUUUUAUGUUUGAUUUAGAGCUCUUAUUUCAGAAUUACACUUGACAAAGUAAUGGCUUUAUUCAGUUAAAAGGAUAAUUGGUGAACGUCUCUGUAUUGGGCAGUAAAAAAGAAAAUGUUUUUUUUGUUUUCCUUUUCUCAUGAACUUGCUCGACGUUGCUAGAUUCUAAUAUUAUCUUUCAUUGUUUUUUGCAGCACAUGAAGUUAGUGUGCAGUUGCUGUCCAUUUUUAGUUUGAGAAAGGAGUUCACACAAACUUAAACAAUGGCCAGAAUAACUUAAUAUUGCACUGUACGCUGAAGCCAUUUGUGAGGUAAAGAUUUUAAAACAUUAUCUUUGUAAACUUAUCAGUUUGCUAUUUUAUCACUUAGGAGAAAGUACCUCAAUACUGUCUUUUAUUUAUGUCUUAAGUUAUUGGGGCAGGAUUUGUUUAUAUGCCUUCAUGGGUUUGUGAUGAUGAAUAAAAAUGUUAAAAAACAAA